AUGAGAUGUAAGUUUUUGUUACUGUUUUUGUUAGUUGUAUCUACUUGUCAAUUUAAAAUUGGCAGUAGCAGGUUGGGUAAUUGGUCCAUCAAAAUAGAUGAGGUUGGAAUCCAACCGUAUAUAAACGACAUUAGGGAUAGGUAUAAUGGAAUUUUGAGUAGAGUUGGAGAAAGUGUUGAGAUACCAAAUGUGCAGUGUGAUUGGCAGCAAUUUGGACUAAUUGCCACAGUUGACGUUAAGCCUGAUGAGAUUCUUUGCUCUAUACCCAUAACCAGAUGUAUAACAACCGGUUAUGUCGAGGAAAUUUUAUUCGGGAAAUCUGUAAAUCUCAGCGGAGAUGAUGGUGAACUGAUUGAUUUGGUACAAGGCUUUGAAGAAGAUAUUUAUAGACAAUCAUACUUGGUAGCUAGGAAGACACUAGAGCUGCUAACGGUUAAAUUGCAAGAUUGCAAUGAGUUGCCUAUCCAUAUCACACAAAACGAGGCGAAAAUAUUUAUUUUGGCUUAUGGUCUGACUAUUAUGCUGUACACUCAGCAAUUAAAUAAUCCGGAUAUGCAACAAUAUUUAAGUGCAGAUAAGGGUCACCUUCCCAUUAUGCUAGGCGCUAAAGUGCUAGAAUUGGCGCAAGAUAAAUUGCUGACUAAUAAAGUGAUGAGAUACAGGAGAUGUUUGGAUGAGUUGGCAACUGUACCUUUUGGGGUAAAUGAGUUCUUAUUACGGAUUGACAGGGAAUUAGGCUUGUCAGUUUAUCGUCACUCAGAUACAUUUGCCCCUAAAGGGCCAAUUUUUCAAGAUUUUAAGACAUCUGCUCAACAUACACUCUGCAAAUUAGCACAAUUGUGCUAUCCACGUGCCAUUAGUGACGAUCGGAAAUUUGGAGAGUUCAAGAAACUGUUAUAUCGUGUAUUUUGCACAGUGUGUAGAUACAAUGUGUGGCCAAACUUCAAGUGUAUUGCUGAUCCUACGAUUAGUGACGGUGCAGCUGGAAUUGGGGCUAUAGCUGACUCAAAAACUCAGUAUUCAUUUCCUUUGAUUAUUCCAAUUGUCGGGUUUUGCAACCAUUCAUCCACUGAUUCAAAUGCACUAAUUUCCAUAAGUAGCUUUGAACACGGCGAGAUGUGCGUUAAUCUGAUAUCAAAAGGUAAAAUAGGUGUAAAUGAACAAGUACUUAUAGAUUAUGGAGAUUAUCCCAACCAUUUAUUUUACUUAAACUAUGGAUUUAUUCCAUCAUAUAAUCCACACAAUCUGGUGUACGUUGAGGCUGAUUGUGAUUCAAUAUUAAAAGCAGCCAACGAUAUUGGUCACGGGGAUAAAUUGCCCAGCUGCUAUCCCAGGGGUUUGCCCAGGGAAAAGUUGGACCUAAUAGAUCAAUUAAAUAUCUUUGAGAAGGUGCAAGAAGUUGAUUGGCUGAAAUUUUAUAAAACCCCCUACUAUAGCGGCGUUCCAUUGGUGACGUAUCAGGAACAUGUUGCUAAGUUUGGCGACAAGGAUCCGUUGCAGUACUAUUUAAACCCACAACCUGCAUUGCAGGUUGCAACAAAGGUUAAUACGGAAAAUUUUGUCUGUGAUUUUAAGUCCAAGGCCAAUAGGUUUAUUUGGAUUAAACCAGAUGGUCAGAUUGAUUCUAGGUUAUUACUCGCGCUUAAGAUCUCAUUGUGCAAGAAGAAAUCAUUGUUAACUGAAGUUUUGCAUACCGACUAUGAAGAUGCAACCGCCAACAAAAUACUUGUAGAGUUUCUUAAAUAUUGCAUUUCCGAUCGAUUUUACAAAACUCAUUUGCAGGAUGUACGUCAAGUUGCGCAGUGUUCCAACAAUUACGGGAAAGUCAUGGCACUUUACUAUGCCUUGUCAAUCAAGUUGCAGAUACUGGAGGCUAUUAAACAAUUUGUGCGCAGUCCUAGUUGA